UUGGGCCAGCCCUUUGAGGGAGCACUGAGCUCCUCUCCAGUGUGGUCAUAACCUUUGGAAUGAGGGUGUGAGUGACUGCAAAUUCCCAUCUCUCUUUUUCAUUCCAGCCUCAUUGUAACACUGCUUUCUACGCCUCUAGCCUGGCGUUUUCUCUCUCUCUCCCUCCCUUGCUCUCCCCCAUCUCAUUGUUUAGGAGUAGGCCAAAUCCGAAGUCCUUCCAAGGGUGUGGCUGUGUUCAUCUUAUUCCCAAGCCCAAGUGAAACAGUGUGAGAAAGACAGAGAGACGUUCAGCAACCAGAAGACCCGGUGGACAAAGUCGAGCAUUGUAGACAAUAUGCUGCUCUUUGGGCCCAAGAUGCUGCUGUUUAUCACCAUGCUCAUGGUCCCCUCUGACUGGCUACUGCUAGGGGUCAAUGGUCAACGAGGAGAUGAUGUGACCCAGGAAUCAUUCACAGAGGAUCCUAAUUUGGUGAAUGAUCCUGCUACAGAUGAAACAGUUCUGGCUGAUAUCGAGCCUUCCACAGAUGACCUGGCUUCACCCAGUGACAAAAAUACCACGGCAGAGUGUCGGGAUGAGAAAUUUGCUUGCACAAGGCUAUAUUCUGUACAUCGACCAGUCAAACAAUGCGUUCAUCAGAUCUGCUUUACCAGUUUACGACGCAUGUACAUCAUCAACAAUGAGAUCUGCUCCCGUCUUGUCUGUAAAGAACAUGAAGUUAUGAAAGAUGAACUUUGCCGGCAGAUGGCGGGUCUGCCUCCAAGGAGACUCCGUCGCUCCAACUACUUCCGACUUCCUCCUUGUGAAAACAUGGAUUUGCAGACACCCAAUGGUCUGUGAUCAUCAAAAGAAAAGGAUAGUGUGGGUGAGAGGAAGUAGAAAGUCCUCCUCCUCCAAUCACUGUAACCUAGCCCAUAGACAUGCACUUUUUACACUAGAACUUUGCAAAGCCCAGGUUUGACCCCCUACUUGCUAAUUUUUCACUGAAACGAAUAACUUUGAUCCAUUUUUGAAGUAUUUUAAAUACAGUGUCUGAAUUAUUACAUGGUUUUGCUGCUUCCCAGUAUCAUAGACAUAGUGGACACAUGAUAGUGGGCCAUAUGACUUACAUGCAAACAUUCUACAUGCAACGUCAGAAGAAAGGGGAUGGGGAUGUGACUCGAUCAGUAGAGCAUUUGCCUAGUGUGUAUGAAGCACCAAGUUUGACUGUAUAAAACUGGGCAUGGUGGUGCAGAAGAUCAGAAGUUCAAAGCCAUCCUUCACUACAUAUUAAGUUUUGAGGCCAGCAUGGAAUGAAUGAAACCCUAAUUUCAGAAGAAAAUAGACUUUUGAUUAAUAAUCUUUUCGGUUUUUAUUUUAAUGGUGCUAAAGAUUAAACCCAGGGCUUUGUACAUGCUAGUCGGGCACUCUAUCACUAGGCUGCAGUCCUGUUUCCUAAGUUAAUAAUUUUAAUCAUUAAAUCUGUCAGAAAUAGAUACAAGUAUAGAAAAGAUCUUUGUCAGUUUUGGCUAGCCAUAGAACUUCAUUUCUUUUCUUUCUAGUAGUUUCCUAGAUUAACCCCCCCAUCAUUUACAGGUUUCACUGUACUAAUUUUAACUGUUUUGCUUGGAUUGUCCUAAAAUUUGCCUUGCAAGUCUUCUUGUCAAGAAAGGUCAUGGUAAUUCUUGUAGUCCUAGAAGAUUUUCUAGCAGAGUCAAGAAUUAUACAAUCCUACUAGCAAUACAUAAAGACCCAAACCGUUGUCUUCUGCUAAGCUCAGAGUUCAGGACUAUGGGAAAACCCUAUUAGGUAUGGAACUUGGAUCAUAAUUUCCUAUACAAUUUCUCAGGCAAGUGGUCCAAUCAGGAAGCAGGGCUGGAAAGUAAGCAUCAUUUACUUAGUCAUCUAUGGCAGUACAGAGGCGGGCUGACCUCCACAAAGCUAACUAGACAACAUGACACCACCCAUUCAGAUCUAAACUUUAAUAGGUAAGCAGGUAGCUUACCUAAAGCUGAGCAGGGAGUAAAGGAAACAUUGUAUUCAGAUGAUUCACAUUCUUUGUUGCUGUUUUAUUUGGGUUUUUAUUUUUUCCUUUUCUUUGUUUAAGACGGGUUUUACUAUGUCACUCUGGCUAGUCUAGAGCUCGCUAUGUAGACCACCCUGGCUUUGAGCUUCCUUCUGGCAGACCCCCACCUCAGCCUCCUGAGGGCUAGGGUUACAGGUGUGAGCCACCACACCUAGCUCCAACCCACACUCUUAUCCUGGCUAUCAACAGUCCUGUAGCCUGAGAUAAGUCUUCUUUCAUUUAGUCUUGGUUUAAUUUUCUCACCUUUAAUACAAAUAAUUUAACCUUUUGUUGGAUUUACUGCUUUAAUUCUAUGGUUCUCGAUAUAAAUGCAUCAUUCAUAUUUUUGGGGGGAGGUCUUUUUGAGACAGUGUCUCCCUGUAGCCCCAGCUGGCCUGGAACUCACUAUAUAGACCAGGCUAGCCUUGAACUCACAGAGAUCCACCUGCCUCUGCCUCCGGAGUGCUGGGAUUAAAGGCGUGUACCACCACGCCAAGCACAUCAUUCAUAUUUCUUGAAGCCUAGAUAUAGAGGCAGUCGAAGUCACAAAGCAUGUCUAUUUAGUCCACGGCUACACUAGAGCAAAAUGCCCCUCCCCUUUUUGUCUUCUGGUGCUAAAAUCAAGCCCACAGCCUCAUGACUGCUAGGCACAAACUCUACCACAGGGUUACAGCCCAGCCCCACUCAUCCCAUCUUAUAUCAGUGACAAAUUAUAUAUUAUGUACACUUUUGUCUGAAAAACUCAACAACUUUAUAAAAUCCAACUGAAUUCCAAUAAAAAGUAGGUGAGGACAAUUACACAUGACAAUAGGAAUUGAACUUUCAUAAUGCUAACGAGGUCCAGAGUCUUGCUAUUAAGAGACAAUUGAGUUAAACGGGAUAUGCAAAACUGAUUCAACAGGAAGGUUUGAAGCUUGAAAGCAUGUGCUCUCUGCUCCGUAUCCGCCAGAAUUAAAUGCACUCUUAUAUAGAUAGAUCUUAAAUGCAUAUUGUAGACACCAUAGGGAAACCUCAUAGGCAGAGUUUCAAAUAAGCAUCUUACGAAUUUCUUCAUAAGGGGCUGGGAGAUGGCUCAGUGCUUAAGAGCUGGUUAAGAGCACUUCCUGCUCUUCCAGAGGACCCGAGUUCAGUUCCUAG